AUGCCCGCGAAUCUCAUCCGACAGGACCAGAUCGAAGGCAAGGAGUCGUGGCGAGAUCUAAUCGACAUUGAAAUGCAGACGGGCAAGGUCCCUAUCAACCUCAGGCGCUUCAUGGACUAUCUGGGCCAAGACCACCUCACCGGGGUCCUCUACGGCUUGGUGAACCUGAUCGUGUGU